AUGCUGAUAUUAUCAAAUUAUUAAUAACUAAAGGAAAUGCUGAUGUGAAUGCUGUGGAUAAGGACAACAGUACUCCAUUGUUUUAUGCUGUUGAGCGGAGUAGUGAAAUUGUUAAUAUUCUAUUAACUAAUGGAGCUAAAACUGAUGUUGUGGAUAAACAUGGUAACACUCCUCUGUUACUAGCAAUUGAAAAAGGUCGUCUAAGAUCAACUGAAGUUAUCAAAUUAUUGAUUACUAAAGGUCAAGCUGAUGUGACUGCUGCUUGUGAGAAAUAUUGUAUCAAUCCUGAGUUAUCUAGAUCUGAAAUUGCUGAGUUAUUGAUUACUAAGAUGCCAAAGCUAAUGUCAAAACAUACACAUACUCUUGAGAUGUCAGAAGAUAGUUUAUUGUCCUCAUCACAUCCAGAAAAGCAACGGAUGACAAUACCCUCACCAAUGUUAGUGUCCUCAUCAUGGCCAGAAAGGCAAUGGAUGUCAUCACGACCAGAAAGGCGACGGAUGUCAUCACGACCAGAAAGGCCGCGUUACUAUGAAGCACAGUCAUUAUUGUCCUCAUCACAUCCAGAAAGGCAACGGAUGCCAAUAUCCUCACCAAUGUUAGUGUCCUCAUCACAGCCAGAAAGGCAAUGGAUGUCAUCACGACCAGAAAGGCUGCGUUACUAUGAAGCACAGUCAUCAAUUUUCUCAUCACCAAGGCGAGAAAGGUAUGAGAUGCCAACAAGUUACUAUGAUGAUGAGACUAAAGCUGCAUCCAGGUCCUGGCCAGAAAUGCAUGAGAUGACAACAAAUUACCAUGAUGAUGAGCUGUUAACUGAUGAGCCAGAAAUCCAAGUUACUAGUGUAAGAGAGACAGCAUUAACACCAAGUCAAGAAAAGGACACAGCCUGGCCAACUAUGAGAAGUAUAUACAGUCAACCCCACCGGGCUACUUUAAUGUCGACCUCAUCAUUGCAAGAAAGACGAUCCUCAUUACAGCAAUCCUUGCCACUACCAGAGUUUUCAACAAGUUACUAUGAUGAUAUGUUAGCUGAGCCAACUAAAGAAAGUACGUACAGGCCUGACAAGAGUAGUACUGCAGAACAGGGACAAGGAGAAGUAAAAUGAUAUUCUAUAACUUGUCAAGGGCAAUAAAAAAGUCAAAACAGCUAAUUUAAUUUU